UUCAAAAAAAAUUAAAAAAAAAUGACUUUUAGUAGUCUAUCAAAUAUAGAUUAUCUAGUUAUAUUAUUUUUUCUAAUUAUAACGUGCAGUAUUGGAAUAUAUUAUGCCUGGAAGGAUAGACAUUCUUUAAAAUUAGAUAAUGCUUUUGUUGGAAAUAGGAAAUUCAAAAUGUUUCCCAUAGCGUGUUCCCUGCUGGUCACCCAGAUAUCCGCCAUUUUGAUCUUGGGCAUGCCGGCCGAAUUUUACACCAGGGGCGCUCAGUACUGGGUUUACAUUGUGGCACAAUGGCUCGGGGUCAUUGUGGCCACGCACACAUUCGUUCCAGUGUUUUGCAAAGUUGGGGAGGCCUCCUCCUUCAACUACAUUCAACAACGGUUCCACUCACCCACCCUGAGAAGCUAUUGCGCUCUGACAUUCGUUUUAACUCAACUUUUGUACGCGUCGGUAGUGCUGUUCGCUCCUUGCCUGGCCAUCUCUCUAAUGGUUCCGAUACCGAUAAAUACGCUGCUCUUGAUAAUAGGCGGAAUUUGCACCUUUUACACGGCCAUAGUAAGCGGCAACGGAAAUUAUAUUUAUACUAAUAGUUCUUGGAAUCAGAGACCUGCCCCGGCUGGGGGCGGUUUUAAGACGGUUAUAGCAACGGAUCUCUUCCAAUUCCUCGUAAUCUUCGCGGCUAUCAUCGGACUCAUGAUCAAAGGGAUAGUUGAAGUCGGUAGUAUCAAAAAAGUGUACGGCAUAGCCGGAGAACUCGGACGGUUAGGAGAGACAUUCGACUUCAAUCCUGAUCCCACCAGGUAUCAAAGCGUUUGGACCAUUUUUCUCGGCAUAUUCUUCCUAACACUACGUUCUUACGGUAUAUACCAGCCAUCCGUCCAAAGAUACGUUUCCAUGCCCAACUUUAAGCGGGCAAAAAAGAGUAUUUUGAUAGUUCUACCCAUGCAACUCAUCCUUAUAUUCGUUUUGAGCACCCUGGGGUUCGUCAUGUUGGCCGCUUACAAAUUUUGCGAUCCUCUCACCCUCAAAAUAAUAACUAAAAAGGAUUUGCUUCUAUCCGUAUUCGCGAUGCAAUCAUUCCAGAAGAUCAAAGGAUUAAAUGGAUUAUUCCUGGCUUGUUUGUUCAGUGGAUCUUUAAGCACUCUGUCUUCCAGUUUCAAUUCUCUGGCUGCCGUCACUUGGGAAGAUUUCACGAUUCCACUCUUCCCUAAAUUCGCCAACAGGAUCAUGAAGAGGAGAGGGUUUCCUUCUUUAAUUCCCGCAUUUUUAGCCAUGUCAUUCGGGUUGAUAGUGAUUGGAAUAUCGUUCUUGGCUCAAAAUGUCGAAGGAAUUCUUAACGCUGCUCUCUUUGCUUUGAGCGUAUUCGGGGGUCAAGCACUAGCCGUAUUUUUCCUGGGUAUGUUCGUUAGAUCCGCUAAUUACAAAGGGGUUAUAACUGGUAAAUUUGUAGCCGACCUAUUCUGCGUUCUCAUAACUUGCGGGUUUAUGAAGUACGGUAAGUUGAUAGUCCCCCCUUAUUUACCCGUAAAUACGACUACCUUUCCCACAUCGCUCGACAAUUUAAACUAUAGUUUGGGCAAUCUAAGUCACGCGAAUGAUUCGAAUCAUCUGUUCAAUUUAACCGGCACUUCCUAUUGCCACGCGUUUUUUAUAAAAGACGGCGAUCGAAUGCGUUACGAUUACGAUCGCAUCAAAGCGGAUUUCAAUAAGACUGGCGGUGUAGGUGGCGGACUUUAUAACGAUUCAAUAUUUUUAACCGUUAACGCUCUUAAUCGUUCAGAUACCAACGAGAUGUUCAUGACUCCUAUUGGAAACGGGUUGGGAAAUUUCAUCUUAUUUAAACUGUACUCGAUAUCUUAUCUGCUGUUGACACCUCUUGGCUUCCUGAUCUGUACUUUGAUCGGUAUACUUGUCAGUAAAGUAACGGGCGGAGUCGAAAAAGAUAAAAACUUGAAGUACGACUAUUACAAGUUACUGCAUCCUUGGUUACUUCGACAAGAAUAUACUCACGAAUGAAUGAACGAAUCUAAUCACACCCACAAAAAUAUUGGAACAUAUGAUUUAUAUAUUUUUUUUAGAAAUAGAUUAUUUCUAUUUUAGAUAAUUAAAUUGCUCAAUUUCUUAAAUCCUUACAAUGUCUCACUCUUUCUCCCUCUAGGAAAUGUUAAUUUUAAAAAAAAAUUAUUUAUAAAAUAUUAUAUG